UCCCUCUCACCCACCUUCCCUCAAAUGCAGUUCGCUCCUCUGCUCCAGAUUUGAGCUGCAGCUUGCAAGAUUUGGGAGGCUGAAGCAGGAUGAGAAAUUGCAGGGGAGCCGGACACAGGGCGAGCCAGUGAGGAAGUGCUCCCAGUUCAGGCUGCCUAUCCCACCACAGUUUCACCUCACCCCCUCCCAUCCCAUCCCAUCCCAUCCCCCCCCUCCCCGCCUACCCAGUCUUUCCUUUCACUACCCCAGCAGCACACCACAGACUCGGAGUCGCUGCCUGCAUUUUCUGAGCUGGAACCUUCGCCUUUACAACUAUAUCCUCUCCCCUUCUCUGUAUCGGUUUUCAAAGAGAACCCCUCACAAUGGAACUGAGUAAAUAAGCUGAGCGAUUCAGGAAAAGGAGCAGCGUUUGCACCUAUCUCUGGUCUCUAUUUCCACCCCACCCCCCAAAAAAAACAGGCCAGUAGGGGGAGGAGGAGGAGGGUUAUUUUAUUUUCAAGCGAUUUCAAAGCGUGAACCUGACACAGAGUGUGACUUGGGGAGAUUCCCAGAUCUCUCUCUCUCUAUCACACACACAGCUCCUGAAGCUGUAAUCGAGUGAGUGAGGGGAAAGAGUUGAACAACCCCCGGGACUGACGAGAGGAGCUGGUGCUGCGAACUGGGGCCGGCGGACAGGAUGUCAUCUCAAGCAAAAUUCAAAAAGGACAAAGAGAUCACCACGGAAUAUGAGACCCAGGUCAAAGAAAUCCGAGCCCAGUUGGCAGAGCAACUGAAGUGCCUGGAGCAGCAGUCGGAAUCCCGUCUCCAGCUUCUUCAGGACCUGCAAGAAUUUUUCCGCAGGAAGGCAGAGAUCGAGGUGGAGUACUCACGGAGCCUGGACAAACUGGCGGAAAGGUUUGCGGCAAAGAUUCGCAGCUCCAAGGAACACCAGCAGUUCAGGAAAGACCAACAUCUCCUCUCCCCAGUGAACUGCUGGUACCUGGUUCUCAACCAAACUCGACGAGAGAGCAAGGACCACGCCACGCUCAAUGAUAUCUACACAAACAACAUCAUUGUGCGCCUGAUGCAGAUCAGUGAAGAUGUGAUACGGCUCUUCAAAAAGAGUAAGGAAAUUGGCCAGCAGAUGCACGAGGAGCUGCUAAAGGUCACCAAUGAGCUGUACACUGUCAUGAAGACGUACCACAUGUACCACGCAGAGAGCAUCAGUGCGGAGAGCAAGCUGAAGGAGGCGGAAAAACAGGAAGAGAAGCAGUUCAGCAAAUCGGGAGACAUGAGCGUGAACUUGCUACGACAUGAGGACAGGCCUCAGCGCCGUAGCUCUGUCAGGAAGAUCGAGAAAAUGAAGGAGAAGCGUCAAGCCAAGUAUUCAGAAAACAAACUGAAGUGCACCAAAGCCAGAAAUGACUACCUGCUUAACCUAGCAGCGACGAAUGCUGCUGUGGCUAAAUACUACAUCCACGAUGUCUCUGACCUGAUUGAUUGCUCCGAUUUGGGAUUCCAUGCCAGCCUAGCCCGUACUUUCAGGACCUUCCUGUCGGCAGAAUAUAACCUGGAGACCUCUCGGCAUGAGGGGCUGGAUAUCAUUGAGAAUGCAGUGGACAGCCUGGACGCACGAAGUGACAAACACAAGGUCAUGGACAUGUACAACCAGAUCUUCUGUCCACCCACCAGGUUUGAAUUCCAGCCGCACAUGGGUGAUGAGAUCUGUCAGGUGAGUGCUCAACAACCAGUGCAAACAGAACUUCUCAUGAGGUACCACCAGCUGCAAUCUCGCCUGGCCACCCUGAAGAUCGAGAAUGAAGAGGUGAGGAAGACGCUGGAUGCCACCAUGCAAACUUUGCAGGACAUGCUAACAGUGGAGGACUUUGACGUGUCUGAUGCAUUCCAUCACAGCCGAUCCACUGAGUCCGUCAAAUCUGUUGCCUCUGAGACCUACAUGAGCAAACUUAACAUUGCAAAGAGGCGAGCCAACCAACAGGAGACAGAGAUAUUCUACUUUACGAAAUUUAAGGAAUACUUGAACGGAAGUAACCUGAUCACAAAGCUGCAAGCCAAGCAUGACCUACUAAAGCAAACACUGGGGGAAGGUGAGAAGGCCGAAUGUGGGACUUCAAGGCCCCCAUCGCUUCCCCCUAAGCCACAGAAAAUGAGGAAGCCUAGGCCUCGCUCACAGUAUAAUCAUAAAUUGUUUAAUGGCGAUAUGGAGACGUUCAUACAGGACUCUGGACAACCCAUCCCACUUGUGGUGGAGAGCUGUAUUCGAUUCAUUAAUCUCUAUGGCCUACAACAGCAGGGUAUUUUCCGUGUUCCAGGCUCUCAGAGUGAAGUCAAUGACAUCAAGAACGCCUUUGAGAGAGGUGAGGACCCCCUCAUGGAUGAUCGCAACGAGCAUGACAUCAACUCAGUCGCUGGCGUCCUGAAGCUGUACUUCCGUGGCCUGGAAAACCCACUCUUCCCCAAGGAGAGGUUCCUGGAUUUAAUCUGCUCCAUUAAGAUCGAGAGCGCUAUUGAGAGGACUCAUCACCUCCAGCAGAUCAUAGUGACCCUUUCGCGGACAGUCAUCAUCGUGAUGAGAUAUCUUUUUGCCUUCCUCAACCAUCUGUCCCAGUACAGUGAUGAGAACAUGAUGGACCCCUAUAACCUGGCCAUCUGCUUUGGCCCCACCUUGAUGCCAAUCCCUGACGGUCAAGACCCGGUCUCCUGCCAGGCACACGUCAACGAGGUCAUCAAAAGUAUCAUUGUGAACCAUGAGGGGAUCUUCCCAAGCCACAAGGAGCUGGAAGGACCGGUGUAUGAGAAGUGUAUGACCGGAGGGGAGGAAUAUUGUGAUAGUCCUCACAGUGAGCCUGGUACCAUUGAUGAGGUGGACCAUGACAAUGGCACUGAACCACACACCAGCGAUGAUGAGAUGGAGCAGAUCGAAGCCAUUGCUAAGUUUGACUAUGUCGGCCGCUCACCCCGGGAGUUGUCAUUUAAGAAAGGAGCGUCACUACUGCUGUACCACCGGGCAUCCGAGGAUUGGUGGGAAGGACGGCAUAAUGGAUUGGAUGGCCUGAUACCCCAUCAGUACAUCGUGGUACAGGACAUGGACGAUGCCUUCUCGGACAGCUUGAGCCAGAAGGCGGACAGUGAGGCCAGCAGUGGCCCACUUCUGGAUGACAAAGCCUCUUCAAAGAAUGACCUCCAGUCCCCGUCUGACCACUUGCCAGAGUUUUCCUUUGGUGGGAUCCUGGGCAGGGUACGGCUGAGGUCCGAUGGCGCUGCAAUUCAGCGGCGUCGCAGCGGUGGGGACGCUCACAGUCCAGUCAGAGGGUCAGGGCCGGGCAUCGACACACCUCCCCGGGCUGCAGCAUGCCCCAGCAGCCCCCACAAGAUCACUGUCAACCGGGGCAGGAUGGAGAGCCCGGAGAAGAGGCGCCUGGCCACCUUUGGGAGUGCCGGCAGCAUCAAUUACCCAGACAGGAAGAACCUUGGAGAUGGCCAACUCAUGAGGCAGACGUCCACGUCCACCCGUCACAGCAGUCUCGGAGAUCACAAGGCCCUGGAGACGGAAGCACUGGCUGAGGACAUUGAGAAGACCAUGAGCACCGCGCUCAACGAGCUGCGCGAGCUGGAGAGGCAGAACACAGUGAAGCAAGCCCCCGAUGUGGUGCUCGACACCCUGGAGCAGAUGAAGAACCCGCAGCCAGGUGCCAUCAACUCUGAGCCAGCCAGCCCACUCCACACCAUCGUUAUCCGUGACCCCGACGCCGCCAUGAGGCGCAGCUCCAGCUCAUCCAGCGAGAUGAUGACCACCUUCAAGCCGGCCCUGUCGGCCAGGCUGGCAGGCUCGCAGCUCCGGCCCCCGCCCACGAGGCCCGCCAGGCCUGUGAUCCAGCACCGCUCCAGCAGCAGCGGCAGCAGCUCCGGGUUAGGCAGCCCGGCCCUCACCCCCACUGAGAAGGUGUUUCCUAACGGCGCAUCAGACAAGUCGGGCACCAUGUGACCUGAGCCGGCCUGGCUUCUCUCUCUCUCUCUCUCUCUCACACACCCAUGACAGAGGAGGCAGCUUUGGCCUACUUGGCUGGGAGGGUCUUGGGCCUAACAUCCAGUCUGGAAUGCCACCUGGAUACAGGAAGGAAGCCUUCCAAGAUUAGAACUGCUUUAUUCCCUUCCUUUUUUUAAAAAAAUAAGAAAAAGAUAUAUAUACUUGAAGUAAACAUGCAGCAGUUAUUUCUCCUAGUGAAACGGGGGUUGCCCAUAGCAACAAGUCAGCACUGGAAAAUAUAUCCACACAAAAAUAGAUAUAUAAAUAUAAAGAAAAGGACUCCAUUUCAGGGUGACUUGGGACACCAACCCUUUCUUCCGUGAGCUCAGGCGAGCUGCCAACCAAGCAAUACCAGGGGAUUGUCUUCAUGUGAGUGAAGGGCAGACACAAGGAAAAGAAAAAAGGGGAGAGCAGAGGAGGAGGAGUAAAAAGAAAAGGAGGAUGCAUUGUCGCGGCUUGCUGUUGAGCCGUGACUGAAGAAGGUUAGCCGCGUAGGCCUGGAGUUAGGCCUUUUUUGCCCUGUGGGGGGCCCACUCGUCCGACUGUUCAGGUUUCAUGCUGCAGGUCAAACUCGUCCUGCACCUGGGAUCGACGUGUAUGUACAUAGAGGAGGACAAAUAAAACCUCGGUCCUGCUGCUGCUUCAGUGAGCGGAGGCGAAGUAUAAAUAUUGUAGCACAGUAUUACAGUUCAAUAAUUAAUAAAUAAUGCAGUUGUUACUCAAUGCAGCAUAACAAUAAUAUGGAAAUUAGGCAGAGUCUGUGGUUAAAAUAUGUAGUUUAACUUAUCCUACCUUUUGUGAAUUAAUCAAUGUAGUAUUCUUUUUGUAAGAAGAUGUUUUCGAUGUACAAAGUGUUACUAAAACAGGCAAAGGGACUACGUGACAUUUGAAAUCCCAUCAUCUCACUUGACAAAUACACAUUGUCAUUAUGGUUCGGUAUAUGCUGGAGUGGGAGGGUGUGCUAUUUUGGGGGAUGGGAUGUGGAUUGAUAAUUUCUUUAUGGCUAACCCUAGCUGUUGCGAGUGCCCAGUGUGGGGAAAAGUACCCUCAAAGGUGAAAGGUAACAGGGUAUCUUCAAUACACAUUCCUCCCCCACCAAUUCAGUAUUGAAACAACAAAUUUACAUUGCAAACACUGUUCACACUAAAUGUGUAAAGACUACAGGGUGGCAAAUUUUGAAGUGGAUGGAUGGAAAGUGAACUUUAGCUGGUCACUGAUCUUUUUUCCCCACAUUACGAAUGUGGGACAAAGAAGUGUCCCCCGGUCUGUGUUUCUCUAUUCAAGCUGGGAUGGCUAUGCGACUGUGUUCUUUUUUUGUGGGCGUUUGUUCCCAAGAGUUGACCCAUGUUGGGAGCGAGUGCUGGUCCUCCACUAUCUCAUUCAGCUCUCUUCCUGGACAGCGAGUGAAUUAGUAUAGACAGUUUGACUGUGGAGACUGUUGUGUAAUCAGCACGUGUGUUUAUCCAUUGUGUGUGUGUGUGUGUGUGGCUGGAUGGGCAGUAGUGCUGCUCAUGAUGCCCUAACCACCACCUACUAGCUGAGGGACAUUGAGGCCAAGAGUACUGCCGAACUUGGGUACCUCAGCACCAUUAUUCCAGGUUUAUGAGAUUUGUUGACCACUGCACUGACCACAUCUGGCUUCAGUAGCACAGGAUGUGACAGUGAUAUGUUGUAAACACUCAAUUAUAACUUUUUAGAGUAUUUGGAAAGCAUUUAUUAAAAAAGAAUUAUUCUGCCAUGAGAUUUGGGCGUCACUGGUUUGGCCAGAAUUUAUUGCCUUGGUGAAGGUGGUAGUGAGCUGCCUUUUUUGAGAUCACGUGCUGUAAACAGACCCACAAUGCCAUUAGGGAGGGAAUUCCAGGGUUUGACCCAAUGACAGCGAAGGAGGAGCACUUUCAGAUGGUGGUGUCCCCAUGUAUCAGGUAAAAAGAAGUCUUGGUGAGUUGCUGCUGUACAUUCCGUAGGUGGUACACAGUGCUACUGCUCAGCAUCGGUGGUGCAGAGAGUGAAAGUUCAAGCUUGCUGGAUGGGGUGCCAGUUAAGCAGGCAGAUUUGUCCUGUGAUGCACUGAGCUCUUGACUGUUGUCAGAUUUACAGUCAAGUUGUCGCACAAAGACAAACAGAAACCUGGAACUCCCUCCCUCACAAAAGUUUAUGGAUAAUGGGAGCAAAUAAAAUUCACAUGGAGAGGGACAGACUUUUGUCAGCUUGUGUUACGGAAUCAAGGCAAGUUGCAGAAGUUAAAAUACAAAUCAGUGGUGAUCUAAUGGAAUAGAUUGAAUGAUUUUGAAUGGCGCUGUCCAGUUUCUAAGUUGUUAGCUGCUACCAAUUGAAGAACAUACUAGUAAACUGCAGGUGGAAAUGUCAUUUUGUAAAAGACAUCUUACGCUGUUUGAGAAAACUGUUUUCUCUCAGCUUAUGAUUUUUCAGAGGGGUUUCUUGUAGUGUAGUGGUGGUGUGACUACCUGUAUGUCAGGAGAUGUGUCUUAACACAUCUGAAGUGACUGAUAUAAAAAUAUUUCAUUUGAUUUUUCAUCUGUGAGCCAACACAGAGGUGCUUCUCACUCCUUCCCCUUUACCACCACACACCAUUAGCAUGAUUCCUAAUGAUAAUCGCUUUGUACCACAACAAGGUCACAGUACUGACUCAGUAUUUCUGUCUCUCGAUAGUCAUCGCAAACACUGUGAGGUGUUUUUACUAUGUUAAACAGUAAUGUAAACAGAUAAUAUUUGACACUACUGUAGAAGAGCAAUGCUAGGACUGGUUGGCAAAAACUUGCUCAAAGACAGAGAGAGAGAGAGGUUUUGAGGAGUGUCUUUAAAAAGAGGAGAGAUAAUCAGACAGGGAUCUCCCUGAGCAGCGCAGAGCUGUUCAUCACGACUCCUGCUUUCAUUCUGGGUGUCAUUCAGUAGAUUUAAGGAGAAAUCUAUUGCAUGAAGGAUUGCCACCCUAGUUGUAAAUAUUCCUGGAAAUUUGAUCUUACGGCCUUCUGCUGUUAACAGCCCAUCCCUCGCAAAAGAGCCCUGAGACCACGCCUCCUUCCCACCUCAGUUGAGAAUGAACAAUUUAUUUUCAUAAUUCAACUAACAUUUCUGCUUCCUGGAUCUCCUCAGACCUGAAGAUUAAUCCUGGAAAUGCCAGAAUAAUCCCAUAGGAUUAGCAAUGCAUACUGCGUGUUUUCAUGCUGUCUCCCAGCAUCCUGUGGCAUACUUGUGCGAAUGCCCAUCUCUACAGUUCACAACCAGGAACAAUUUCUGCACAUGUGCCAUUUCAAGUUCAGCUCACUAUCACCCACCCUCAGACCACACACAGAUCCAUGAGCUGUCAUGUAACAGGGUCACCACCCUUCAUUGCAGAAGUGCCCUCCCUGCUUUGACUUUGUCUGUAGGUUGGCAGGGGACACUAAAGUCUACUGCCAAUCCCCAGUGGAGGCAAUCAGCAGAACCUCCAGCAUCAACCAGGGGGAGCUACGUUAACGCCUACAGUAUGCUCUGCGGAACCCUGGCUGAUGCUUUCCUGCCCCGUUGUUGUCGGCCCUGCCUUCAUCUGUCUGAACCAGAAAGGCCACAAAUCUGAGUUUACACACGGGGCCGAUGGUGGAAUAAGAUCAAGCAUUGAUCAUGACAAGAAGCAUGUGCAGUGUCUGCCAUAUUGGUGAAGGAAGAUAAUAAGUGAGGCUGAUGUGGCCUGUGUGAUACGUGCAGUUGGAUAUACAAAAAGUGGAAGGUAACAUCCUUCUUUAAGGCCAUGUGGUGCAAAAUGUGGGUUUCCACCAGGGUCACUUGACAGUAGCUCAGUACAUACAGGCAUCAGCAGAACAUUCUGCUUUCUAUGUAUGGUUUUCACAUUGGACGGCACAUUUAGCUUUUGUCUCUCUUGAUGGAGGUCCUUUAUGGGUCAAACCAUCAGCCUAUAGAGAGUAAGAGGGUAGUAUUCUCAAUUUUGCGGAUCUUUAGGUGAGUCUCUGGAGUUACUUUCAGGCUUGGAUGCAUUGGACUUUGUCAACAGGAAGGAAUAUGGUAGUACAAAUCUGUUUCUGUAACUCAGUGCUGAGCUGACAAAAAACAUUCCCAGGGAAUCCAACAGACAGGCAAGUGUCUAAAGAGAAAGAGAGAGAGACCAAUUUUUAUCACAGUGGGGCUACAGGACUCCAGAAUGGAUAGUGUUGCAGAGUAUUCAGCCUGAGCUGACUCCCACCUGACUGCUGUGUUCUAAAGAAAAUGUCAUUUUCAACUCUCAAUCAAGCUUGUUUUAAGACUGAUAAGCACAAAAUUGACCUUGGAGCCUCAAGCAAAAAGCAUUAGAGCAGGAUGUGUGGAUCAACAGACAGGCAAAGGACUGCAGAUGCUGGAGAUCUGAGCUAAAAACAGAAAGUGCUGUGAAACCUCAGCAGCUUUGACAGUAUCUGUGAAAAGAGGAACAGAGUUAAUGUUCCAGGUUGCUGCUGUUUUGUCAGAAAUGGAAGAAGUUAAGACACAUAACAUUUGUAUAAACAAGCAAAGGCCCAGGGAAGAAGCGAGUUGCGGACGGAGCAUGUGUAGCAGUUAAAAGAGAUCAUUCAGCAACCCAUUUCUGGAGAGGGUGGGAAUGCAGGGCAAGGGCAUUUCUUUUACAUCUGUCAACAAUGCUAGGGCUGCUACAAAUUAUAGAAGUUCCCAUAAAUGUUCAUGUACUCGGACACCAGCAUUCAAACAAACCUACACAAAUCAUCAAACCUGCUCAGGUCUGUGAUUGACAACAGAACCUCAGUAAAGAUCUGGGACAGUGGAUAAGAUGUGUCCCCCCCCCAUCCCCGCUCGCCUUCACAGUUGAUGACUUCUGCUGGGGCAUGGUCCAACUGGAGUGAUUCUUACUGAGAUGGGGUCCCAUAGGUACUACUUCCUUCUGGGAUACAGUUCCCCUGAUGGUAACUCCUACAUGGUCCAGGAGCUUCGGUUCCUGACCCAGUUGACCAUUCCUGUGUGAAAAUUCAAACAACUCCCUGCAGCCGAUAUCAGGAAGACAGAGGAGGAGGGUUGGAAGGAUGGAGGAGGGAUUGAUGGUACAGCUUCCUCUCUGAUUGUAUUACUAACGUGUUCUGUGGCUUCUGGUGACAGACCUAUACAACAGUAAUCUUUAAUGCUUUACGUGGCACUUCUGCCCCCAUAAAGAUUCCAGUGUCAGGCAGGGUGCCAAAGAAUCUGAGCAACUAAACUGAUGAGAUUGUAUUGGACCAUGUAAAUACAUAAUUGCCUGAAUUCAGUUUGCAAUAGGGAAACCUUGCUGAUUGGAGACUCAUUGACGAUUUGUGACCUGUGUCUGAAUCUGCCCAUUGUUAAAAUCACCCAACAUCAUAUCCACUGAUAUCUCAUGUAAAAUCUCUAAUGCAGCAAUUAACAAAAUGACUGGAAGGAAGAGAAGCUGGCAUUUAUCUCCUUCAAGGGCUAUUUUUAAUAGGGUGUUCACAGUGCUAAAUCUUUUUGUUUGUAGUUUGGGCAAUUAGCAAAAGAACCAAGGGAGAGGAGGAGGAAAUAAUUUUGUUUUAACGUUAAGAGGUGUACUGAUCUGGGCUGUGCUGCUUGAAGGAUGUGGUGGGUGUAGAUUCAAUAGUAAUUUUGGGCUAAGAUAAUAAAAUGUGAGGCUGGAUGAACACAGCAGGCCAAGCAGCAUCUCAGGAGCACAAAAGCUGACGUUUCGGGCCUAGACCCUUCAUCAGAGUAAUUUUGGGCAACUGGACUUGUAUUAAAAGGGAAAACAUUCAGAUCCAAGUGAAAAGAGUAGAUGAAGUGAAUUGGAACUUUCAAAGACUAGCACAAUGGAAGAUCUCCAUCUGUGCUGUAAAAUUGUGUGACUAUAUAAUAGAGACUGUACAGAACAAAUAUCUGGGGCUAUCCUUGGUGUUCGUCAAGCCAGUUAAAGCUGAUCAAAUUUAGUCACCUUGGCAUCAAACCACUGAUGUUCAUUAGAGAAGAUGAGGAGUCUGGAAUCAUUGAAUUUGGAGAAACUUGAAUUGGAUGGUCCAGAAAGAGAGAAGAUAAGGGUGGGGUGGGGGUUGGAUCCUUGCUGAGAUUAUUGCAAUAUCAAACAGUUCAAGCGAAGGAAACCAUCAUUUUAAACUUAGGGUCAGAAAGUGUAAAUUUGACUUCAGUUGAAUGUAAGAGAAUUCACAAGGAGACCAGGAAGUGUUUGUUCACCAAGUCAGUUAAUAAAUAUGCAGAAGAAAUGUUUUUAAAAAGUUUGAAUUUAAAACAUAGCUUCAGUAAGAAAGUGAGGGGAUGUAGGAUUCAGUGGGACAGCAAAGGAUAGUGGGCAGAUUGAGCUGAAAGAUUUUUUUUUGAAUCUGGACUUUUAUUAUGUUCUCACAAGAAGGCUUGGACACAGCAGCCGAGGGUUCCAAAUACCACUCCAAAUGAAAUCAACUAAACCCCACAGACUUGGCCAGUAUCUGUGGGGGUGGGGUGGGUGGGAUCACUUUGAUCAGAAGGCCUGGGUUCCACUCUAGUCAUUGCUUUUACCAACCGGAGUCCUGCCUGUAUAAUGAAGCGAUUUACAGGAGAUGUUUUGAGCUCUCAAGGGAAGAAAAACGCAUUUAUUUUAAUUCAUUGUCCAAAUCGGGGAUUUCUGGUGUGCCCAAAAUUUCUUGCCAGUCAUGAUCUGCCCUAGCAAGGUGGUGGGAGCACAACCUCUUGAGAAACAGCUUGACACCACUAAGUGGCUUGCUGUGCCGCUUCAGGCAGUUGACCCAGAUGGGUGUAGGACUGGAGUUACGUAGAGGCCAAACUGGUUAAAAACAGCAGGUUUCCUUCUCCAAUGGACAUCAGUGACCCAACUGGACUUUUAAAAUAAUUCAUGAUAUAGUUAAUAGAAACCGUCUCUAUUCUAUAUUAAGAAGAAUUCAUUCAACCUCUGUCACAAGAGAAUUUGAGCUCAUGUGCAUCUGUAUUAUUGACCCAGGCUAUCUUGUAGAUCGUCCUCCAAUAUAACAUUAUAAUGUCCAUUAGCCAUUACAUUGCCAUUCUCAUAUGUAUGGGGGGAGGUGAGAAACUACCAAAAGAUGGUAUUCCACAAAACAAGCAUUCUUUCUCAUAGGUAAGCUGCCUCGGAGUUUCUCUUGCCUGUUGUAGUCUCGUACAUAGUGUUCAUAGCGAUCAAAAAUAGGCUGUAAGUUAUGUCUAACAAACAGUUGACUGUUUUCAAAUCAAGAGGAGAUAGGAUUAGACGAUUCCACUCACCAAGACUUUGCACUUAGUAGCUAAGUAGCUUGAUGUUAAUCACAAUGCAAAUGUCUAACUUGUAAAUGGUAAAUGAUGUAGUGACUGUAUGGAGUGAUGUCCCUCCACAUACAUGGAGGUUAACAGUAAUCUCACUUCUGUGUUAAUUAAACUCCAUUGAUUUCUAAUUUAUUUUUUUAAAUAUCCUUCAGACAUGGACAUUUUAUUCUUUUGGAAAUGUGAAUAGAUGGGUUUUUUUCCGUCUCUAAGAAGUUUGUUCAUAUUCUGUGUUAUAUAAAAAGUCUUGUUGGUCUUGUUUUAUAUUAUAUGUGAAACAGACUUGCUUUUUUUUUACAAAAAGGAAUUUGCUUCUCUACAUUCCUCCACCUUCUCAAUGCUCAGCGAUAUCUUUCCCAGCCUCAUUCUGUUAUGUCCAGAGUCAAAGUCUGAGAGGGGGAGAACUGGGAUUUGUUCCUCCUGUGUCUGGAAUUCAUUUUUUAUUUUGUCCAACUGAAUGCCAGAGCUGGCACACGAGCAGAGAGCAUGUUGCUUUUUGCCAUUUGCUGGUUAUUUCAUCCCUUGCGCCUUCGGAGUGAACUCACCAUCAAAACAUACUGCUUCGGAAUAACCGGAACACACUGUACCUGGGAAGGUGAUAAGUUCUGGCAUGAACAACAGGGACAAUUUAACAUUCUUAUUCCUGUCAUUAAUUCUGCCAUACCAUCACUCUGCAGCUUUGCACUUUCGACUCCCCCAAACAACCUUCUCCAGGCUCCUGAGGUUAUGUUCUUAACAGACUGGCCAAUCCAACAGUGGACUGAACCACUGCAACCACAUCCAACAGGUCAGGUGGAUUGGCCAUGCUAAGUUGCCCAUAAGAGUCCAGGGAUGUGCAGGCUAGGUGAAUUAGCCAUGGGAAAUGCAGGGUUACAGGAUGGGUGGAUGCUGUUUUGGGGAAGAGGUGGUAUUUUAACGAUGGGCCGAAUGGCCUGUUUCCACACUCUUUAUGAUUAUGCAGUACUUGCUCUCCAACUGCUAUGGUGGCAGUUAAUGAGGUCUUCUCCAGCAGCUCUUUAAACAUGGCUCUGGAUUUCCCCCCCCCCCCUCCCCCCCUCCCCCCCACUUCAACCUGAGCGAUACAGGAGCCGCAUGGAUGGGCAAUGAUGAACAAGACACAUAACUCAAUACAACGUGUGCCCCGUUGGUGCAAUUCUCCCUUUCACACAGCAACAAUCAAUUUUGGAGAGUUUCGGCUGACCAGUCUCGAUAUUGAUGAGCCCUGUGGUGCGGUUUGAGGACUCUGAACUUUAUUCAGGAGUUUUCAGGGGGCAUUGUCACCCCUGAAGAUGGUAGGAACGGUCUCUUAGGCCAUCGUGUGUAACCACAAGAUAGUGUGAGGCUUAACAAUGCAUACUUAUCUUUACAUGCAACAUCUUUUUAGCAAACAUUUCUUCUGACUCCUCUUUAAUGUUCUAUUUAAAUGGAAGAUAUUUAGGCGGUUUCACUCCAUCUGCAAACGGACUUCCUUCUAGGCUGUAGUGGAGUCUCUAGUGGAGUGUAAGAAGACUUUAAUUAGGAUUUGCUGUAAGGACUAUUCUACCUUAUAGCCUCUCUCGCAUAUACCAAUCUGGGAAUGCAUGAUGCUGUCAUCACAGAAUGAGAAGUAUUCUGUUCCAGUCACACCUAGGUCAAAACUAUGUCUUGUGGUUGGAAACCACUAGCUGGCUCAUGUUUGCAUCUCAUUCUGGUCCCUCAUUUAUGAUGCUUGUUCAUUCAUAGUCUAAGGCAAGCAGAGUAGGGUCUUGAUUUUGAGCCAACAGAAAUGUGUAGAGCCGCAAGCAACUGGACUGUCUGUAUUCAUUGCCAGUGGGAGCCUGCCUGAAGAACAGAUUAAAUUAAUGGCACCUUUUGUUGAAGGAACUGGGUUUUCUCCUUCUCAUCCUCCUUGGUGAAAGAACCAGGAGGCAAAUGACAAUAUAAUUUUGCACACAGCUGGAAUGCACUGCCUGAAAGGCCCGUGGAAACAAAUUCAGUUGUAACUUUCAAAUAGAGAAUUGGCUCUACACAAAAGAGAAAAUGGCAGGGCUCUUGAGGAAGAGCAGGGAAAUCAGUAAGGAAUAAUUUAACAGCUUUCUCUAAGUAAAGACCCAUUCAAGAUGGGCCAAAUGGCCUGCACUGCUGUGUCUUUCAGGGUUUUGCCAUGCUGCGCAUUUUAUACAAUCACAGAAUUGUUACAGCACGGAAGGAGGCCAUUCUCCCAGCAUGUUCUUGCUAUUUGGACAACAGUUUAAUUCCCUUUUGAAAGCCUCAAUUGAAUCAAUCUCCACGCAUUCUUGCACAGGGCAUUGCAGACCUGAACCACUCGGUGUGUGAGAAAGCUCCUCAUAUUUUUAAUUCCUUCACAAGAGGCUGCUAUCCCCGGGUGGGCCAGCAUUGACCACCCAUCCACAUAAUCACUUUUUUACUUCUUUCAUCGAUUACUUUUUAAACCUGUGAACUCUCAUUCUCACUCCAUCCAGAAAUUGGGAAAUGUUUCUCAUUGUCCUAGUCUGUGCUGCCCUCUCAUGAUUUGAACACCGUGGUCAAAUCUCCUUUCUGCUAGUUUUCUUCAAGCAGAAUGGUCCUAACUGCUCCAACCACUUUUCAUAUUGGAAGUUCCUCAUUCCUUGAACUAUUCUUCAGAAUCUUUUCGCCUUCGCAUCCUCCUUAAAGUGUGGAACCCAGAAUUGGAUGAAAUACUCCAGCCGAGGUCAAAUUAAUGUCUUGUACAAGUCCAGCAUUACUACUUUUCUUGUCUCCCUGUGGCCCUAAUAAUAAGGCUUAGGGUGUUGUACGCUUUAUGCAGUGCUCUCUCAACCUGAUCUGGUUGCUUCAGUGAUUUAAAUACAUCUUCGCCCAGGAACUUCUAUAAGUAUAAGAAUAGUUAUUGAUUUGAUAUAUUCACAACAGUACUGCUCAACCAACCCUAGCACUGAUAUUGCAUGGGGUGAGACUCUUACAUACUUACACCCUUUACUUCUGUGGCUUCCUUUUCACAUAUACAGAAUUUUUUGAAAUAAGGCCCAUGCCACAGCGCUCUGUACAACCAGAAGAUGCAUGCAGAAGGAGAAAAGGAUGAGUAGAUUUGGCAAACAAUGUCCAACACAUCCCUCGUCGUUUGGCUUUUUAUGUUUGGUCUUCAACAAAGGUCUUGGCAAAAAAGCAGCAACCACUUUCAAAUGAAACUGGAUUGGAGGAAUGAUUUGUUAUAAGGGCUUGCAUCCAAUGUGCAGUACAAGUGGUCCUGGACCACAACAAAUUUCCCAGUGUGUGCAACCUUACAGUGCUGAAUUGUCCAUGAGCAAAUUCCAGUUGUAUGGAAUCACUGAGGGGUGAAAUAAGAUGCAUUCUCAUUCCUGACUAAACAGGGAAAUCAUGGCACUUCCACAGAGUUGGGAGUUUUCCUCUCCCUUAUUACAUUGCUAGUAUACCAUACUAACAAUUAACAUGCAAUCCUUGGAAGUUACCCUGCCUAGUUCCUGCAACCACUUUCAGCCUGCGCUUAGCCACUGAGCAUUAGACUCUCAGAAGGGGUCUCAAUCCCAAUUGUUUCUUUAUUUGCCCUUUCCGUAAAGGGAGAUCCAAAGUGCUAACUUGAAUGUUGCCUCAAAAUGUCUUGAGUUCUGAUUUACAUACUGUCAACCUCCUCAUUUCCUUCCUAAGAAAGCCCAGCAUGGGCAUGGACAUUGUAAUUAUUUUUAGUCCUCUUGCUCAGGAACAUCCCUGAGGAAAGUGGGACGAGAACUCAGAUUUUCUGGCAUAAAGGUGGGAACACCGCCACUAUUGUGCCAGACCGUGUUUCAACUCAGCAAUGAAUUGGGAGCUUGACAAAGUUCAGUGACAGAGUAGUUUCUGUUAAAAGUCCUAGAAAACACAGACUUGGAACAAGUUUCUCUUUUAUCCCUCUACGUUGUGUGUCUCUCUCACACAUUAUUGAAGGUUAUAACAUUAAUUAAUGCAGUUUGCGUAGGUUAGACAUUUCAGAUCUUCAUCCCAUAUUAUAGGCUGAUGUUAGAGUGCAGCACCGAAGGUGUGCUAUCUUUCAAGUGAGGCACUAAAUGCUGGUCUUAACGUGUGUUACAUGAGAGUGUAAAAACAACCCAUGACACAAGUUGAAGAAGAUCAUGUUCAUCGUCCAUCACUCAACCAGCAUCACACCAACAAUGUGCUCUUGACUUUACAGCCAUUAUCACCAAACCAGCUUCUGUUUGAGCAAUUCUUCCUGGGAAAUCAGACUGGUGAGGUAAUUAUACAUGGGCAUGUUAUCAUGCCAUUUGGAAAAAGGAUCUUUCUCAUCAAGCUUCUGCUGUUUCAAAGUGCCCAGAUCACCAGGUGAAGGGGCCCACUUGACUCCCAAAAUAUAAACAAUACUUCUGUUUAUGCAGCACCUUCAGCAUGUUUUGUCAAAAGGUGACAUUAAAAAUACCAGACUGUUGCGAUGGAGACAGAUGCAGUAUCUGCUCUGGGGGACAGCUGCACCCCACAAACAUCAUAAAUUGUUCACCUUUAAUGAUAUCCAUCCCUAUCACAACACUGUUUAUGUGCUGCCCAUCAUUUUUUCCUUCCCUUGCACUUCUGUCAGGAUGAAGACACAACAUACAUUUCUUAAUGACUUCCUCAGAAAGCACUUCACAUUCUACCUGAUACUUUUGAAGUGUAGUGCCCUAUUGGAUGUAAGAAAAUGCAACAGCCAAACAGCAAUGAAGUAAAUGAACAUAUAACUGUACAGUGAUGUCAUUGAACGUAGGCCAGGAUAUAAGGUAGAACUCCUGUCUUCUGCCAAAAGUGCUGUUGAAGUUUUCAGAUUGAACUAAGAGAGCCAUGAUUUUGCAUUUCAUGUGAAAUCUGCAAAGCACUCCAUCAGUACUGAACUGAAGCCCUGAUUCAAAGGCAAGCACUACCGCUUGGUAUUUGCAAAUGUCUCUGGGUGAAGUCAGAGCAGGUAGUUCCUGCUUUCUCAAAAAUAAACCUGAGAGAACCCAGAAACCAAAGUAUUGCAUUCCCUAAAAGGCAUACAUAAUCUUUCACCCAGAUCAAAAAGACCCAGAUUACCCACGGUCAUCCACAGCAAGCCUGUCUCACACAGUUUAUUGAGGAUAUGAAUUAUUACCACAUCCAUGUGUGUGGUUGGGAUUGAAGGUCCCCUCCUAUGUAAUGGCACUGCACUUUCCUUUUGCAACCUGAAAUGUAUAUUUUGUAAAAUAAGACAUGUAUAGGGCAACAAGAGAAUUAACAGAUCCCCACGCACACCACAAUGGUAUAUGGCAUUACCUUCCUGAUUGGAUAGACUAGUAGCACCGAGCUCUGCACUUGGUUGGUUCUCACUGUACCAAGCGGCUGCAGGGCUUUUAAUAGGCUGUCCUUUAGUGAUGUUUGAUGCUGAUCUUCUGAUUGGAUUAUUAUCUGUACUGUCUGAUGAUGUCAUUGAUGGUAGAACAUCUGAUUGGAUCUUCUGUGAUGUAAUUUGAUGUCAUCUGCACCAAUCCGUUGAUCAGAGAGGACAUUAAUUCUCACUAAUCAAAUAAAAUGGCUUCCCUUUCCUCUGG